GGGUUCCCCUCACUGGGAGUCGGUGGAUCCCCGGGGAGGUGGGGAAUUCCCCUCACUGGGGGUCGGUGGAUCCCCGGGGAGGUGGGGAAUUCCCCUCACUGGGGGUUGGUGAAUCACUGGGGAGGUGGGGGGUUCCCCUCACUGGGAGUCGGUGGAUCCCCGGGGAGGUGGGGAAUUCCCCUCACUGGGGGUUGGUGAAUCACCGGGGAGGUGGGGGGUUCCCCUCACUGGGAGUCGGUGGAUCCCCGGGGAGGUGGGGGAUUCCCCUCACUGGGGGUUGGUGAAUCACCGGGGAGGUGGGGGGUUCCCCUCACUGGGGGUCGGUGGAUCUCCGGGGGUCUGCUCUGGCUCCGCCGAGGGGGCUGAUGCCGGCGUCACUGGGGGUCAGUAAAUCCCGGGGUGGAUGGAUGUGGAGCUCAGCGGGGAUCACAAUGGCUACAGAAGGGAGCGAACCCCGAAGGAGCCAGGACUGGGGGGGCCGAGACACUGGGCCAGGAGCCACGGCACCGAGCUCUGCCCUUGGCAGCCCGGCCCCCGCCCGCCACGUGUGCUCGGCAUGCAGAUAAGGCCGGGAUAUCAGCGGGGAAGGUGCCCGCUGCUCAGUCCUCGAGCCCGAGCUGAAGGCAGCAUCACCCCUGGGCCCCUGGAUCAGGCCGCGGCAUGGCGCUCUUCGGGCAGCUCCUGGAGCCCCACGGCUACCUGCAGUCUCUGCGCUCGCUGGUGCUGGGCGUGGUGACCCAGCUGCAGGGCACGGCCACGCCCGAGGAGCUGGAGUUCGUGCAGCGGGAGCUGGAGCUGCUGGACCGGGAGCUGGCAGGGGGCCCAGGGCUGCUGGACGACGCGGAGGUGGGGCGCUACGAGGACAGCGUGGCUGCCGUGUACGGGCAGCUGGGGGCGGCCGUGCGGGCGGGCGCUGCCCACGCCCCGCGCGAGCAGGAGCUCUUCCUGCAGAGCUGUGCCCAGUAUGAGCUGGAGCGGCAGCUGCUGGGGCUGUGCCGGCGGGUGCAGGGCGUCUCCGUGCUGGUGGGGCGGCCGGCACUGCUGGAGCAGGCUGUCCAGGCCCACCGGCCCCGCCGCUGGCAGAUGGCUCAGUUCUGCCAGCAGCUCAGCCUGGUGGUGGGCGCGGGGCUGCUGUGCCUGCUGACCCAGGCCGGGCUGACGGGGCGGGACGGGGCCCUGCUGCUGGCCCGCUGGGCCGGCCGCGUGGGGGCCCUGCACCAGCGCAUGAAGGAGGCCGUGGCCCAGUGCGCCGCCUACUUCCAGGGGCAGGCGCAGGAGGACCUGGCCGGCGUCCUGGCCCAGGCCCCGCUGCCUGGCCCCGCCGAGGUGGCCGCCAGGGUCCUCAAGAAGCUGGAGAAGAACUACGACUGGCUGCGCUGGGCGGUGAUGGCGUGGGGUGGGGAGCCGCAGCCCGGCCCGGACGGGGACCGGGUGCUAGCCCAGGGCAACUACAUCACGGGCCAGGCGGCCUGCGGGCUCCAGGUGGUAGCCUGCUACAGCGAGAGCCCCUCCUCGCUGGACAAGGGCCGCACCCACCAGCUGAUCGGGGAGCUGGAGUGGAAAUUGCCCAACCCGCCGCCCGAGGUCUAUGCCAGCCUGGAGGCCGAGCCAGCCCAGGCCCGUGGCUACCUAGCCCAGCGCAUGCUGCAGAAGCUGGGUGAGGGGCUGGGGCCCGGCGUCACCGUCCACGUGGUGCCUGGCAAGCUGGAGAUGAGGAGCAACUUCCCGCCGGCCGCCUGCCUGCUGCACGAAUACCGGCACCGCCUGGCCUCCGGCACCGUCUGCAUCUUCGGCUGAGCCGGCGCGGCCAACGGGGGUGGGGCUGUUCUGGGGGCCCCGCCCGCCCAGCUGGGCUAAGCCAAUAAAGCUUCAGGCUACAAAAUGCUGUAUCAGUCAGCCACGCAUCAUCCGCCCAUGCAGAUCUCCCCCGGGCACGUCCCCACGUGGGCACCGCUCCGAGCCGCACCCUCACACCGCCUAGGCUUCUGCUUUAGCCCGGGACGUUUCCAGAACCCCGGCACAGAGCCACAGGGUCGGCACUAUCCCCAACUUUCAGACAGGCCCUUGGGGGGGCCCCAUAGGUGCGCCGGAGCCCCAAGGGGUCCCGCUCUCCCUUCAGGAUAAACACACAUGAGGAAGGACUUCACCUGCCACACUGCCAGCCUGGGCAACUCACUGCCAGGGGCUGCUGGGAAGGGCAAAAGUGUAACAGGGUUCAAAGAAGAACUAGCUAAGUGCAUGGAGGAUGGGUCUAUCAGUGGCUAUUAGCCGGGGUGGCCGGGGAUGGCGUCCCUAGCCUCUGUUUGCCAGACCCUGGCAAUGGGUGACAGGGGAUGGGUCACUUGAGGAUUCCCUGUUCACUGGGCUAGAGGGACCUUUGGUCUGACCCGUUAGGGCCGUUUGUAUGUUCAGGGCCAGCCACAGGGCCGCGGAGAGAGCUGUAAGGGGGGGGAACGGUCCUGUUGUGGGGAACACCACCCCAGUGAAAUGGGCUAGUGAAAGGAUCUGAGUCCUCACUCAGCCUGCCUGACUCGAGGGGUCUCCUUCCACUCUCCUGGGUGGCAGAGUCCUCGUAGCCCCGACCAGGGUGGGCCCAGGAUUCCUGGGGCUUGACCCCCAAUCUGGCUGUUGUACUUAGGACAGGGCUCGGGUGUCCCCACUCCGGGGUGCUCUGUCCACGCCAGGCACUUCCCUGACCCACUCAUCAUCACAGACGGUUCAAAGAAAACACGAUUUAUUCCACAGCAAGUCAUUAAAAAUGAGGAGAAACUGGGAAAGGUGGAAGGAAAAGCCGUCACCCCGCUCUGUGGCACGGGAGAACCCCAGACAGCCGUGGCUGGAUGUCAGGGCAGUUCACGGUCUGUCCCUCACACGGCCCAGGCCCUGCCCAGGCCCUGGCUGCGCUGCAGGGAUGCCGGAGGUCAGACACUCGCUCUGGCGGUGGCCACACGCCCUCAGGCUCUAGGUGGCAGGGUCCUGCCCCCCAGCAUUGCCUUCCCCCCCCAUGGGGGUUACGAUCCCCCUCCCAGUCUGGGCUGCGAGGUCUCUUGGCCGGGGGGCGUCUCCCUCGCUGGGCCCGCUGCCCAGGGUCUCUCUCACUCUGCCCGGCUGGCUGCUCACGCACUCGGCUCCGGUUUGCUCCAGC